AUGAUUUUAAAGACAUCAAUAUUUGUUUUGACGUAUUUGUUUACGGUUACGCAAUCAGCGAAAAUAUUAGGCAUAUUUCCGAUACCAUCUAUAAGCCAUCAAGUGGUAUUUCGUAAAUUAACUCAAGAAUUAGUUAAAAGAGGACAUGAAGUGACAGUAAUAACAACAGAUCCAGCUUACCCCAAAGGAAAAGCUCCUGCUAAUCUAACAGAAAUAGAUACCCACGAUAUAUCUUAUACAAUUUGGCGAAAGGCAUUACAAGAAAACUUCAAGUUUGAGCAACAAUCAAUGCCAAAAUUUACAGAAUUUAGACAAGCAAAUCAAUUCUUCUCUUACAUUUUUCUUGGACAGCUUAAUUCACCUGAAGUUAAAGAGUUAGUAUCGAAUAAGAAUAAUAAAUUUGACGUCGUGCUAAUCGAAGCUGUUGUUCGUCCUGCACUUGUUUAUUCGCAUAUAUUUAAAGCACCAACUAUUUUAGUUAGUUCUUUUGGUGCUAUUUUUAAUAACCAUGACGUUAUGGGUUCACCAACACAUCCUAUUUUGUAUCCGUCGACAUUGCAACAAAAAAUUUACAACUUGACGUUCUGGGAAAAGUUACACAAUCUGUAUAUACAUUUUUCAUUUGAAUACGCGAACUAUUUAGGUGAAGUUGAUGAACAUGCAAUGUUGAAAAAACAUUUUGGCCCAGAUGUGCCACCUCUUAGUAAAUUAUAUGAAAAUGUCCAUAUGUUGUUUUUAAAUAUCCAUCCUAUUUGGACAGACAAUCAACCUGUGCCACCAGGUGUUGUGUAUAUGGGUGGUAUUCAUCAGUCACCUGAAAAAGAAUUACCAAAGGAUAUCCAGUCAUAUUUGGAUUCAUCGGAACAUGGUGUCAUAUACGUCAGUUUUGGUACAAAUGUGUUAUCAGGCAUGAUGCCCGAAGAAAUAGUAAAAAUUAUAGCAAAUGUUCUUUCCAAGUUACCUUAUAAUGUCUUGUGGAAGUGGGACAAAGAUGAACUGCCUGUAAAGUCAAAAAACAUUAGAAUUUCUAAAUGGUUCCCACAGUCUGAUCUAUUGAGGCACCCUAAAAUAAAACUAUUUGUGACACAAGCUGGGCUUCAAUCAACGGAUGAGGCUAUAACUGCUGGAGUUCCUCUAGUCGCUCUGCCAAUGUUAGGAGACCAAUGGUAUAACGCUGAAAAAUAUGAAAAACACGGAAUCGGUAUAAAUCUUCAGACUGGAACCUUAACUGAAGACAAACUCAAAAACGCUAUUGAAACAGUUAUAAACGAGGAAAGGUGA